UUGUCCUCUUCAACUUCCAACACCCACUGACACAUUCUCUCACUCAUUUCUACCCUCUUCUCUCUCUCUUCAUACUUUUCAUCUCUCAAACUCAACUCAAACAACACCUGUUUUCUCCCUUCAAUAUUCCCCAAUUCUAUAUACCUACCUACCUAGCUUCCUUUUCUCACCCUGACAAAUUCACUUCCUAUUCCUCCCCUUUCUGAGGCACCCCAACCCCAAGAAGUAGUAGUUGCUACUUCCUCUACCCUCUACCCUCUACCCUAGCUAGCUUAGUUGUUAGUAGUUGAACUCAGUUAGUACUACUUCUCACUUCUCACUUCACAGGGCACACACGUUUUCUAUAUAUCUAUAUAUCUACCUCUUUUUCUUUCACUUAUCAUCACCAAAUCAACCACUAUUUCUGACACACUCAUCAUUCACACUACCUUUAAUUAACAAUGUCCUCCAGAAGAUCUCGUUCCAGACAAACGCCAGUUUCCACUCAGAUCACUGAUGCUCAGAUCACUGAUCUCGUUUCCAAGUUACAACACCUUAUCCCUGAGCUUCGCGCUAGACGUUCCGACAAGGUUUCAGCUUCUAAGGUGUUGCAGGAGACUUGCAACUACAUCAAAAGCUUGCACCGAGAGGUUGAUGACCUAAGUGACCGCUUGUCACAACUUUUGGCCACCACAGACUCCAACAGUGCCCAAGCAGCCAUUAUUAGGAGCUUACUUAUGUAAUAAUUAAUAUUCUAAUACUUAUCAUAGAGCUUUAAUCUUAUGUGUCGUGUGCAUGUCCAUGUUCAUUUUGGUUUUUCAGACCAAACCAAAAAGGUUACCAUGGGCUCCAUCUUCGCCCUUACCUACUUUCAUCAGACACUUUCUAUUCACUAUCAUCAAAUUGUAUUACUAUAAAUAAAAUGAACUUGCAUCUUCACCACCUUUCAUUUA